AGAGGGGGCGGGGCGGCCUCUUUGUCUGAGAGCACUGCGGGCGGCCUGCAGUCAGCUACCGAGGCUGCGGCGAACGCCCUACAGGAUCCUCUGUUUUCUGUAAUCUUCAGAGGCCCCGGGUGACCAGGUGAUGGCAGCGGCAAAGCUCCUACCACUGCCAGCAGGACCCCAGGCCAAGGUGACCUUCGAGGAUGUGGCUGUGUUCCUCUCCCAGGAAGAGUGGGACCGCCUGGGCCCUGCUCAGCGGGGCCUGUACCGAAAUGUGAUGAUGGAGACCUAUGGAAACGUGGUCUCACUGGGGCUUCCGGGAUCCAAGCCUAAUGUGAUCUGCCAGCUGGAGCGAGGAGAAGACCCGUGGGUCCUAGAUGAGCAUGGGGCUUCCAAGAACCAGGGCCUGGGCAGUGGCUGCUCAGACAACCUCAAAUAUGACUACAGUACAGCCUGUAUGCAACAAGAUAAUGUUUUUUGUCCAUGGGAAUGCAAAACCAAGAAAGAGAACCUAAACACAGACUUGAGCCUAAAGCCAUUAAUUUCAGGAGAAGUAACAGCAAUUCUGGGGAAAACGCCUUUGGAUGGGAUUGAUGAAGAACAUAACACCAAAGGGAGCUUCUGCCUGAGUGCAAGCCCUGCUGGCCACCAUGAGGCUCAGGGCUUGAAGGGAAGGGAACCACUCACUCAACACCAGGCAGUUCCUAGUGGAGACAGACCCUUCAUAUGCAUCGAGUGUGGGAAGUGCUUUGGUCGGAGCUCCCAUCUCCUUCAGCAUCAACGAAUCCACACUGGUGAGAAACCCUAUGUGUGUGGUGUGUGUGGGAAGGCCUUCAGCCAGAGUUCAGUCCUUAGCAAACACAGGAGAAUCCACACCGGGGAGAAGCCCUAUGAGUGUAAUGAGUGCGGAAAAGCCUUCAGAGUGAGCUCAGACCUUGCUCAGCACCACAAGAUCCACACGGGUGAGAAGCCUCAUGAGUGCCUGGAGUGUCGGAAAGCCUUCACUCAGCUCUCACACCUCAUUCAGCACCAGCGCAUCCACACAGGAGAGAGGCCCUACGUGUGUCCCUUAUGUGGGAAAGCCUUCAAUCACAGCACAGUCCUAAGGAGCCACCAGAGGGUGCACACAGGGGAGAAGCCCCACCAGUGCGGUGAGUGUGGGAAGACCUUCAGUGUGAAGCGGACUCUGCUGCAGCACCAGCGGAGCCACACUGGGGAGAAGCCUUACACAUGCAGCGAGUGCGGCAAGGCCUUCAGUGACCGCUCCGUCCUCAUCCAGCACCACAACGUGCACACCGGGGAAAAGCCCUAUGAGUGCAGCGAGUGUGGGAAGACCUUCAGCCACCGCUCCACUCUGAUGAACCAUGAGCGCAUCCACACAGAGGAGAAGCCCUAUGCAUGCUAUGAGUGUGGCAAGGCUUUCGUGCAGCACUCACACCUGAUCCAGCACCAGAGGGUCCACACUGGGGAGAAACCCUACGUGUGCAAUGAGUGUGGGCAUGCCUUCAGUGCACGCCGCUCUCUGAUCCAACAUGAGAGAAUUCACACGGGUGAGAAGCCCUUCCAGUGCACAGAAUGUGGAAAGGCCUUUAGCCUGAAGGCAACUCUGAUUGUGCACCUGAGGACUCACACGGGCGAGAAGCCUUAUGAGUGCAACAGCUGCGGCAAGGCCUUCAGCCAGUACUCAGUGCUCAUCCAGCACCAGCGCAUCCACACCGGGGAGAAGCCCUAUGAGUGUGGUGAGUGUGGGCGCGCCUUCAACCAGCAUGGGCACCUGAUCCAGCACCAGAAAGUGCACAGGAAGCUGUGACCUGGGGGCAGUCCUCAGGAGCACCUGCACACACAAGAACUGUACCAGAGGCACAGGCAGCCUCCUUGACAGGGAGCUUGUGACCUCUACAAGACAUGCCGAGUAAUCCAGCAUCACUGCAUGCUCCCAAAGAAAGGCACAGGGCAUGUUCCUGUGGAAAAGCUUCCGAGAAUGUCUGUUUAUCUUCCUCAACAUCUUGAAGUUACAUAGGAGGGUAAUGGUAUAUUUGUAGUGAAUAUUGAUAAAGAGAGCCAUAAUUCUUUGUUUCUUUAACAUUACUUUAUUUGAAGUAACCAAGGGAAGUUAAGUGUAAGAACUAUUGUCUCGAUAUUCCAAAUAAACUUCUUGUCCUUAGAAUCUACCUGCCUCUCCUAAAUACAACUGACCAUCCUAAUUGUUGUACUUAAACUUAGAAUAUUGUACUAUUUUCAGUACUCUGUGAAAACCCUAAAGUGCUGUACAGAUAAAGUGAUAUUUUAAAAAAUAUUGUCAAGUAUCAUCAUGUGAAAUAGCUAAAAAUUCUAAGUGCAUGGAAAUACCUGUUUUGUAUUAAAAAAAAACCUUUCAAGAUACAUUAGUGAGAAGUGUCAUAAAUUUGGAAAAACCUUUAUCUGAUGCUUUAACUUUGUUCAAGAUUAAAAGGAAUGUCCUAACACUUCAAUAAAAAUUCAACUCAAAAAUGA